GGGGGAGGGGGGCUGGGAAAGUUGAGGCCGUGCUGCCGCCGGGUCUCCGGCCUCGAGGGCUCGGGCUCGCUGCGGCGGCGGUGGCCGCGAGGAGAGGCGGCGGGGGCGGGGGGAGAGGAGGGCCCGGGCCCGCGCUCCCCCAGCCCCGCAGAAGCAGGGGGCGGCCGCGGACCCAGAGGCUCGCCUAGACGGCCAGACACCGCUGCCUUCCGCUCCUGGGACCAUGACCCAGGCGGGGGUCGCCGCCGCCGUGGCCCGGAGCGCGUCACCGGCGGGUCUUUAGCCUACCUUCCUAAGGGAGCAAGAGGACCAGAGUUAGAAUCCCCAAAACCCACACAUACCAGUAAGAAGAAAACAUAACCUAUAGAGACCAUCUUCUGGCAGAAGAUGAUAGAUUUGAAUCAGAAAGAGGAGGUGUUGGAAGCCAGGAAUCUAAAGUGAAGAAACUCUGCAAGCCCCUGGAGUCCUAUCACUCUCACCAUGCCAGAAAUGACAGAGCAUGAGACGCCUACGAAAAAGCAGCACAGGAAGAAGAACCGAGAGACACACAAUGCAGUGGAGAGGCACAGAAAGAAGAAAAUCAAUGCUGGGAUAAACAGAAUAGGAGAACUGAUCCCAUGCUCCCCUGCUCUGAAACAGAGCAAGAACAUGAUCCUGGACCAAGCCUUUAAGUACAUAACGGAGCUGAAGCGGCAGAACGAUGAACUCCUGCUCAACGGAGGGAGCAGCGAACAAGCUGAAGAAAUUAAAAAGCUACGGAAACAACUAGAAGAAAUCCAAAAAGAAAAUGGCCGAUAUAUUGAAUUAUUGAAAGCAAAUGACAUAUGCUUGUAUGAUGACCCCACAAUCCACUGGAAAGGCAAUCUGAAAACCUCAAAGGUGUCUGUUGUUAUUCCAAGUGACCAGGUCCAGAAAAACAUCAUCGUUUAUUCCAACGGGAGCCAGCCUGGGGGAAACAGCCAGGGGACAGCUGUUCAGGGAAUAACCUUUAAUGUUGGUCACGGCUUGCAAAAGCAGACCGCCAAUGUGGUGCCAGUGCAGAGGACCUGCAAGCUUGUGACUCCCGUGUCUAUUUCUGGAGUUUACCCUUCUGAAAACAAGCCGUGGCAUCAGACUACAGUGUCUGCGCUGGCUGCCAACCAGUCUGUUCCCCUUUGUCUUCCCGCUGCCAUUUCUGCUCAAAACAUUCUCGAACUUUCUACUUCUGAAAGCCAAUCAAGUGGGCUGGGUGCCACUGGUGGCUCAGUGGUCACCGUUUCAGUUGGCCCUGACCCUCACCCACAUCGUUCCUCGAAUACAUGCCUAAAUGAUCAAAAUGCUUCAGAAAAUAACAAUGCACAGGAGAGCCCCAAAUCAUCAAAGAAAACAGUCACGUGUGUCUCAGGCAUCUCCUCCAGUACUUCAGCAGCUGCCCCCGAAGUGCACCAUGAAAACAAGUCCAGCCCGGCAAUGCAGGGCUCCAGUGCAGAUUCGCAAAACACCCUUGUGUCAGUUACCACCACAGUGUGCUCCCAGCCUCCCAGAUCUACAGGUGGCUCUUCUCCAGUGAGUGGUAGCAAGACUGUAGACUCACCAAGUACAGCCACAGUGGUGGUGCCAGCCCAUGCUGCAGUAGCGAAGAGUACCCUCCCAGUGAGCAGUCUCUCUGCAAACCCUUUGGAGGGUGGUUGGACUCUCUCUUGUUCUCUGCCUUCUUCAAGUGUCAGUGCUUCAGAACUAAAAAACAUCAGCAGCCUUACCCGAAUCUCUUCAGCCGGAAACACACAGACAACGUGGACUACACUGCAUCUGGCCGGAAACACUAUUCAGCCUUUAAGCCAGCCACCAUCUUCUGCUGCGACUCCAGCACUAAAUGAGUGUGGUACCAGCCCUACCCCAAACAACCACAAGCACGUGGCUACAGCUAUCACCCUAAAUAAUUCCCCUCCAACAGAUGGGCAGCCAGUUGAGCAAGUAGUGGUGACUUUGCCUUCGUGUCCACCCUUACCUAUGCAACCACUAAUUGCCCAGCCACAAGUUAAGUCUCAGCCUCCCAAAAAUAUCCUUCCUUUGAAUUCAGCAAUGCAAGUGAUUCAGAUGGCUCAGCCAGUUGGGUCAGGUGUCACUGCAGCUCCAGCUAACCAAAAUGUCAUCAUUCUUCAGCCACCAAGCACAACCCCAUGCCCAACAAUGAUGAGGGCAGAGGUUUCCAACCAAACAGUAGGUCAACAGAUUGUCAUCAUACAGGCGGCUAAUCAGAACCCAUUGCCACUCCUCUCUGCUCCGCAUCCUGGUCCUGUUCGACUGCCUGUCAAUGGGGCCAGUGCUAUAAUAGGGUCUCAUAAUUCAGUGCAAAAUGUGCCAGCCCCACAGACUUUUGGAGGAAAGCAUCUUGUCCACAUAUUACCAAGACCUUCCUCUCUAUCCACAUCUAACUCAACACAGACUUUUUCUGUUACCAUGUCAAACCAACAGCAGCCUCAAACCAUUUCUUUAAACGGACAGCUCUUUGCUUUGCAGCCUGUGAUGUCCUCAUCAGGAACUACAAAUCAAAGCCCUAUGCAAAUUAUUCAACCCACCACCAGCGAAGAUCCAAAUACCAAUGUUGCCCUGAAUACAUUUGGGGCUUUGGCCAGCCUCAAUCAAAGCAUAUCACAGAUGGCUGGGCAAAGCUGUGUACAGUUGUCUAUUAGCCACUCUGCUAAUCCUCAGACUUCUGCAAACAGUCAAACCAGCCCUGCCAACUGCGUUUCACUAACAACAACUGUAGCACCUACCAUAACAGUAGAUAAUUCAGCCACACCAUCCACUACUUACAGUCUUGCAACAGCUUCCUCAACAAACACUGUCACUUGUUUGCCCUCUACCAUGAAAUCAAAAAGACUGAGCAAGAAGCCAGGUGCCAAGAAACACUUAACAGCUAACAAGCCAGCAUGUCCCCUGAAUUCAGUCAGAGAUGUGGGCAAGAUAGAUGGCCCCAGAAUAAACAGCUCAGCAGAGCCAUCAUGCAGUGAUGGACUGCUGGACAGCCUCCCUGUUGGCCUAUCGUCUGUUGCUGUGUCCCAGGCAAAGAAUGUUAGUAUUUCUGCUUCACAUUCUUUGGAUGUUCUGAAUUCUGAAUCAGUAACCCCUGACUCUGGUCCCCAAUCUAAGUCAACAGAAGACUGUAGCUCACCUUCCCACGAAUCUGAAACAAACGAACAACUUGUAUUGGCGCCAGCAAAACCCAAAGAUUCUACUCCUAUUUUACAAGAGACAUCUCAGGGUACACCACCGUGUUCUGUAGCGUUGUCCAAUGAUAUGAAAUCCUGUACUUCAGCCAACGUGUUGACUCCAUCUCCUAUCGAAUCCCAGAGUUUGGUUUCUCAGGUUUCUGGUCUGUCAUCCACUACGAGCACUUCAAGCACUGACUGUAUUUCUGAGGUAGAAAUUGUGGCAGAACCUUGCCCAGUUCAGCAGGAUUCAUUGGACACCAUGCAGACAGCAGGGUCUUUAAAAGGGCAAGGACUAACUAUGUUGCUGUCGGAUCUUGCUAAAGAAAAGGACCUUCAGAGGUCAUCUCUCUCAGUCCAGAUGGAGCAUCCUGACUUUUCUCCAGAAAGUUCUAAGAUAGGUGAUUCUAAUGUUGAUUUGCCUCCCAAGCAGGAACUGCUACUGAUGAGCGAUGACAGAGACCCGCCACAGCCCCACUCCUGCCUCCCUGAUCAGGAGGUUCUCCAUGGGUCUUUGCUCACCAGUAGACAGGCUGACUCUCCUCUGUCAACCAGCUCUGGCAGUAGUCGUAGUUUCUCCGUUGCAUCCAUGCUUCCUGAAACAGCUCGAGAAGAUGUGACGAGCAGUACAACAUCUAACACGUGUGAUGGCUGCACCUUUGCAGAGCAAACUGACAUUGUGGCCCUUGCUGCAAGAGCCAUCUUGGACCAGGAGAGCAUUGAGAAGGGAAGACUUGGCACACAGGCUGAUGUGAAGGAGGUUACUCCAAAGCCUUCUGAAACCUCUUUAGAGGGAGACCAGCCCUUUAAACCACAGAUCCACAAGGAGACAUGCACGGGACAGGCUGACCCAACACCAAGUGAAUUUAACUCUCAGGAUUCUGUGGAAGUGACAGUCGAUAGGCCUCUUGAAAAACCAAGCUGUUCUCUGGGAAUUAAAGGAUCAAAUGCCCCCAUACAGGUGUCAGCCCCUCAGCCACCAAGUCUCACCCAUCAGAAUAGCAUCAGCAGCCAUCCUCUGGUCAGUUGCACAGGUCUAUCGCAGAGCUCAGAUCAAACUUCUAAUCCUGUGACGGUUAAUAUGACUGUUUCAUCCAGUUCUUAUGGCAGCCAGCCUCCUGUGCCACCUCUGAUGACAGAAUAUCCCCAGGAACAGCUGACCAGCAUGACUAGCGCCAUACCAAACCCACAGGUUCAAGAACCGCUUUCAAAGCCCAGUCAUGAAAGUCGUAAAGAUUCUGCAAAGCGCACUGUGCAAGAUGAUCUUUUACUAAAUUCAGCCAAACGUCAGAAGCACUGCCAGCCAGCCCCUCUCAGGCUUGAAAGUAUGCCCCUGAUGAGCAGGACUCCAGACAACAUUCCUGAUCAAACCCAAAUGAUGGCGAGUCAGAUCACACCUAACUCUUCAAACUCAGUUGUACCUGUUAGCAACCCAGCACAUGGAGAUGGCCUUGCACGGUUAUUUCCACCUAGUAACAACUUUGUGGCUCCUCCAUUGAGGCAGACGGAUGUUCAGUGUAAUUCUCAGCCUUCGGUUGCUGAGCAACAGCAGCAGCAGCAAACCCAGGCAGGUCAACAUCUGCAGGCACUGCAGCAGCAUGUACCACCUCAAGGAGUGUCUCAUCUUCACACCAACCAUCUGUACAUCAAGCAGCAGCAGCAAGCAGGGCAGUUAAGAGAGAGGCAUCACUUGUAUCAGCUGCAGCAUCAUGUGCCUCAUGCAGACAGUGCUGUCCACUCCCAGCCCCAUAUUGUGCACCAACAGAGAACUCUACAACAGGAAGUUCAGAUGCAGAAGAAAAGGAAUCUCGUUCAGGGCACUCCUACAUCUCAGCUAUCCUUACAACCCAAACACCAUGGGACUGACCAGUCAAGACCCAAGAGUAGCCAGCCACAUCCUCACCAUCAACAGAUGCAACAACAGCUGCAGCAACACUUUGCAAGUUCCCAGCCAGAGAAGAGCUGUGAAAACCCUUCAACUAACCGGGGCCACCAUAGCCAUCCCCAGAACCACCUCAAUCAGGACGUUCUACACCAGCAACAGGAUGUUGGAAGCAGACAGCAGGGUUCUGACCAUGUAUCUGGGCAUAAUCCAAUGCAGAGGCUUUUACCAUCAAGAGGCUUAGAGCAGCAAAUGGUGUCCCAACCAAGUAUUGUGACUAGGUCUUCAGACAUGACCUGCGCUCCACACAGGCCAGAGAGAAACCGAGUCUCCAGUUACUCUGCAGAAGCACUCAUUGGAAAGUCAUCUUCUACUUCAGACCAGAGAAUGGGCAUAUCGAUUCAGGGUUCCAGGGUUUCAGACCAGCUUGAAAUGAGAAGUUAUCUUGAUGUUCCAAGAAAUAAGAGCUUGGCACUUCAUAAUAUGCAGGGCCGCAUGGAUCAUACUGUCACCUCAGAUAUCCGCCUUUCUGAUUGCCAGACAUUCAAACCAGGUGGAGCCAGCCAACAGCCCCAGAGUAAUUUUGAAGUACAAUCUUCAAGAAACAAUGAGAUAGGUAACCCUGUGCCAUCACUGCGAAGCAUGCAGUCCCAGGCUUUUCGAAUUAGUCAAAAUACUGGCCCACCACCAAUAGACCGACAAAAACGAUUAUCUUAUCCACCAGUUCAGAGCAUCCCAACAGGAAAUGCUGUCCCACCAAGGGACAGUGAGAAUACAUGUCACCAAAGUUUCAUGCAGAGCCUGCUUGCUCCUCACCUUGGUGAUCAGGUCAUUGGGAGUCAAAGGUCACUCUCUGAACAUCCAAGGAAUACACAGUGUGGUCCAUCUUCAACAAUUGAGUAUAAUUGUCCCCCAACUCGUGAAAGUGUUCAUAUCAGGAGAGAGAAUGAAAGUCAGAAUAGGGAGAGUUGUGACAUGUCUUUAGGUGCAAUUAACCCCAGGAACAGCACUUUGAAUAUUCCUUUCUCGAGCUCCUCUUCCUCGGGGGAUAUUCAAGGUCGAAACACAAGUCCUAAUGUUUCUGUACAGAAGUCCAAUCCCAUGAGGAUUACUGACAGCCAUGGGGCCAAGGGCCACAUGAACCCUCCUGUCACAUCCAACAUGCAUGGGGUUGCAAGGCCAACUUUGCCACACCCAUCUGUGUCUCAUGGGAAUGCUGACCAAGGGCCUCCUGUACGGCAGGCUAACUCUUCAGUUGCCCAGAGAUCAAGACAUCCCCUGCAGGACAGCAGUGGUUCCAAAAUCCGCCAGCCUGAAAGGAAUCGUUCUGGAAAUCAAAGGCACAGUAAUGUCUUUGAUCCAAGUCUUCCUCAUCUUCCUCUCUCCACUAGUGGCAGUAUGAUUCUUGGACGGCAGCAACCUGCUGCAGAGAAGAGAGGAAGUAUUGUUCGCUUCAUGCCUGAUAGUCCACAAGUACCUAAUGAUAAUUCAGGCCCUGACCAGCAUUCACUGUCACAAAAUUUCGGUUUCCCUUUUAUUCCUGAGGGUGGCAUGAAUCCACCAAUAAAUGCUAAUACUUCCUUCAUUCCACAGGUCACUCAGCCUAGUGCCACCCGAGCUCCGGCUCUCAUCCCAGUAGAUCCCCAGAACACUCUGCCUUCCUUCUACCCACCGUACUCCCCUGCUCAUCCUACUCUGUCCAAUGACAUUUCAAUCCCUUAUUUUUCUAAUCAAAUGUUCUCCAAUCCUAGCACAGAGAAAGUGAACAGUGGAAGUUUAAACAACCGAUUUGGGUCAAUUUUAUCUCCUCCCAGACCUGUUGGCUUUGCUCAGCCAAGUUUCCCUCUUCUCCCUGAGAUGCCACCAAUGCACGUGGCCAACUCUCAUCUAUCCAAUUUCAAUAUGACGUCAUUGUUUCCGGAAAUAGCAGCGGCUCUUCCUGACGGCUCAGCAAUGUCACCUUUGCUUACCAUAGCAAACUCCUCUGCCUCUGACUCUUCCAAGCAGCCCUCAAACAGACCUGCUCACAACAUAAGCCAUAUUUUAGGUCAUGACUGCAGUUCAGCUGUUUAAAGCCAGAGAAACUAACUGUGAAGGUUUGGGUUGAAAUGAUAACUGUUCUUCUGUACACACAUGUGCACUGAGAGAGCUUAUGUGGGUGUGUGUCUUUGUAUCAGAUAACCAUUUUUCAGUAGCUUCUGACUACAAGGAAGCCGUGUCAGAGAGGAUGCAUACACUGGGGUUGUCAAAGCAAUCAUCUUUCAUUCCUGAGUGAUGUGCUUUCUUUAAUCUUCUAAGUGAUUUGCCUUUCCAAGCUUGAUUUGUGAUCGUUAUUCCCUAAGUACUAAUCAGCCAGAAGUUGAGAUCUUGGCACAUGCUGGGUGGUAGGUGGGAGCUGAGAUCUUAAACUCAGUUGCUGAGAAGUUAUAAAAUAGACAGUUGAGAUGGCUAAGUUGCAAAUCCAAAAGUAAAAGCAACUUGAAAGAAAUGGUGAUUCAUCAUAGGUGCUUGCUGAUGUCAACACGUAACAGUUCUAAGCCAUGGCAAGUAAUGAAUUGAUAAUGAGUUGAAAUCCCAUAAGUAAAAAUAUCAGACAGAUAGAAAAUAAAUGAAAUGUUUGGUCAGCCUUCAUUCCAGAGCUUUGAUAUAGAGACUUCUUUCUUAAUUAUAAUUUUUAAUAAACUACCUAAAUUUCAUGUUCUUCAAAGUAGGGAGCCACAUUCUCCUUUAAUGUGCCAAGAUUCUGUAAAGCAAAAGUCUUCCUUAGACAAUGAGCCUUAAAAAUAUGAAGCUAAGACAAAAUACAGAAAUGUUUUCCACUUAGUACUUGGGUUUUGCCUUAGGCCAAAGAAUAACAGCAGUUGUAUUGUGGGUUUUCCUGGUGUCAGUUAGUGACCAGUGCUUCAUCAGUUAAGUUGAUUUAGUAUUCUCUCUUCAUUCUAUUUAUUUGGUCUUCAAAUACAUUAAUUUACAAUCACUUAAAUGUUAGAACUGCUCAGUAAAUGUUGUGUUUAGAUGAUACAUUUGAGCCUUUCAGAUACUUCAGAGUAGAGUUUUAAGCUGUCUCAGUCUUUUCAUUUGCUGAUUAUUUAUAUUAAAUAUGACAUUGUAAAUUACAUUAUUGUCCUUCAUAACAGUUAUAAUAAGAAAAUGAAUUCAUUAUUUUUCUUGUAGGUAUGAAAUGGUGCUUCACAAAAAUACCUUCACUGUGUGUGUCUGCUUGUGAGUGAGAGUGGGUGUGGAAAUGGCUUUCAGGUUGAGACUGGUCCUCACUGUUGGAGAUGUGUGUCAUAUACGCAUGUGUAUUUAUCAUGUUGCACAUGGUAAAUGGAUAUAAUCUUGUCUCAGUUGGAAAUGAGCAAAUUGGAAAUGACCAUAGAACGGCUGUCUGCAAAUGGGCAGUUGAGGCUUGCUCUAAAGCACCGGUUCUCAGUUCUCCUAACACUUCACCCUUUAACUCGGUUCCUCAUGUUGUGGUGACUCCCAACCAUAAAAUUAGUUUCCUUGCUAUUUAAUUUUGCUACUCUUACGAAUUGUAAUAUAAAUAUGUGAUUUUGGGUGGUCUUAGGUGACCCCUGUGAAAGAGUCAUUCAACCCCCAAAGGCUGAGAGCCCCUGUUCUAAAGCAUAGGAAAACAUACUGUAGAUUUUUCUUUUUUAUUCUUUCAAACAUUACAUCCCAACUGCAGUUCUCCAGCCCCAUCCACCUCCCCUCUUCCCCAGAUACAGUCCAGCGUGAAAAGUUACACAGGGCUGGGCACAAACCCUCAUGUCCAGCCGCAUGAGGUGACCCAAUGGAAGGAAAGGGUCCCCGCUGUAGAUAUUUUUUUAACCCCAACGAAUUAGUAAUGAAUUUUAAACAUAUACUGAAUCUUGAGAAGUUAAAGCUAAGAAGAAAUUUGUACUGAAUCUGUUUUAAACGUUUAAACUCAGCUUUCAAUUGUUGCUACACUCUGUUAAAAACUGAAUAGAGGGAGAGGUACACAGAACUGCCCGCCCGUUGGCUGGGUGGAAGCAAGCCCAAGGAUCAGCAAGGUUUCAGUUUUGAAGGUUGGUUUGUUUGGUUUUUUGUUUUUGUUUUUGUUUUGUUUGUUUGCUUUCUUUUUAUACUAAAAAGGCCACCUGACGCCUGAUCAGAGCAGUUACCCCUGAAUGCCUUUCUAAAGGCUCAGCGAAAGGAUCCUUUAUGCCUGGUCACAUGUCUUUACCAAACCCCUCUGUUUCUGCUGCCCUUGAAAAUCACCCUUCUUGGUGAACUAGGCAAACCUGUGUUUCUUUCCUGCAUAGCAUUCCCGCGGGGUAGAAGAGAACUUCACAAGUUCAUUACUUAAUGUGUGAACACCACAGUAGGAAAGCUACUGAGGGAAAGAGAACAUUUAUCAGUUGCUUUUAGGCAACAAAAAUUCAUCAUUUUCUUUGUACUUGAAAGGUCCAAUCUGCCAGCUUCUCUAAGGGCAGUGUUCUGUAUAGCCAGUCACCCCCAUCCCACCAGCUCUUUUUGGUAGCUGUCUGCUUGUCACAUAUGUAUCCUCACAUCAUGGUGGCUCUUGAGUUCUGAAGGACAGACUUGCUCAGUUUGAACUAAGGUAGCAUGGCGUGGACAGAGUUCAGGUUUAGGUUGUGUUUCUGAGACAGGGAUCUUGCCACGUUCUCCAGACUGGCCUAGAAUUCCUGGGCAUAAGGAGGCCUUCUACCUCAGCCUCCUAGGUUGCUGAGACUAGAGGUGCACUCUUCCACCAUGCUGAGAAGCGCCACCUGAGACAGCAGUGUAAGAGUCCUAGAACCUGUUGCCAUUUUGGGUUAUUCUUGUUUGGCUGGCUGACUGCAGCUCAGCUCUGCCCUGAGAGAGCAUCACUGUGCCAGGGCUCUCAUGGUGAGAAUACUGUACUGUGAUGCUGUCUGGCUAUCAGCCUUUUGUGACCAUCUAGAGAGAGAUGUAAAGGUCUGCAGUAAUUAGGCUCCUGCUCACAUGUGGCUCUGAGGAAAGACACGGUGUAUUUGUGUGUUAGAUAGCACUUCAUACGCGGGCUCAGAUGAGAACGAGUUCUCACUGUGCUCCUGCCUGGUUUAAAAGUUUGGGUACCUAUCAUGACUGCUUCCUAAGUGAGGGUCAUUGAUUGGAUCAUUUUGUUCUAACUAUUGAUCCCAUAGAAUCAGCCAAAGUGCUCAGUUCCUCUCAGCAUUCCACAGGAAGUUUUAAGGAAGUGGAGAUUUUUCAGAUUUCUCUAUGUAACCUUCUUCAAUGAGUUUGUUAAAUAUGUCAAUCACAGGUGAAGUAAAUCCAUUUUAAUGUUUUUAAUAGACGUUGGGUUUGUACAAGUCUUAUAUUUCUUCAGAUGUUAUAGAUUUGAUUGUACUAGAACAGCUCUGAGAUGCCAGAUGUCACUUCCUCUCUGAGGGGAGGGCAGGAUUUCCACAGAGGUGUGAUUUUGGAAGUCCGAGGGAUCCGAACUCUGGGUUAAGAGGUAGAGAUGUCUGCUGCAGUCACAGGCACAGAUCCGAAGUAUGUGGAGCUACAAUGAAGGCUAGCUGUUUAAAGCACACAGUUGUUUGAGCAUUUUUCAGGGCUUCCUUUGCCUUGUAGUAUUAACCAUCUCAGAGAGAGGCUAAAACUUACACUCCAAAGAAGACGUAGAAGCUUAACUUUCAAACUGUUAAGAAAGGAUUGCGUCUGUGCUGCUUCUUGGCCAUACUUUUCCCUCACACAGGAACAUAGGCUCUUGGGCUCUUUUAGCUGUUCCACAUCAAAUAGAUGGCAGGCAGCCUGGCCAUGUCCUGGGAUAGAGUUCUCCCCGCGUUAGGAUGUGAUGGGGCCAUCCUGUUAGAUCAGUGUGUAGUAGUGAGACCCAGGUUUUACCUCUUGGCAACUCCUAUGCCUCUUUCUUAAAGGGCAACAAUUCCUCAAAAUGCCAUUAGUUUAAAGCUUGACUUAAGAGAUUUUUGUUUGUGGGAAUAACUACAUUCCUUGGCUCGGUGGAUUUUCCCCCUGUGGUGGAAGGAAAGGUAAAGGUGAUGCCAAAAUGAAAUAGCCUUCAGUUCCUGUUGACGUGAGAGUCACAGCAAUCCUGCCAUGUGGUUACUGACUACCUGGAGGAAAUGAGCCUGUGGCUGAUACAUAUGGAGGGCAACGAUUAGCAAAUGACCAGAGACACUAGUGUGGACUUGCUCUCUGGUGGUUUUGCAAUAUGUAUAUGCAAACUAGCUUCUUUGAGAGAUUCCUUUCCAGCUUUGUUUUCCCCAAAGUUCUACCAAAAAGGAAGGUUUUGUGUUUGUUUGUUUACUUUUUUUUUUUUCUUAACUGUGCUCUGUGUUCUGCCCCUGCUGUGCUGAAUUCUCCUGUAGUGUUUUUAGUAGCUCCUGUGGGGCUCGCAACACUCAGAUGGAGCCAGUCCAGACAGGCUGGGAGACCACACCUAGGACCUGGGACUCAGAGCUUCUGCUUCUGUUGACAUGCCUCUGUCCUGGUACUGCACUCCACACGAAACUGUGCCUCUGAUCCUGGGACAUAAUCACCCAGCCAGCCCUGCGUUGCAGCGAAGGAGCUUCAGGGAUGGCACAUGCCCUGUAGCCAGACACCUCAUAGACGACAAGUACAGCUGAUGCUUCUCACUCUUGCCUUAGCACCCCUGAGCCACCGUUGACAGUCACUGGCGAGUUGUGUAGCUGAGCCUGUAAACAGAGCUUAUGUGACAGGCAGUCCUUCAACGUCCUCAUCUCUACAUUUGCAUACACUCUACCUGGUAAUCUUUGCUUUGGGCGCAUGUAAAUUGUCAGGUGCUUCAUAAACACAAGUCAGCCUAGGUUGAGAAGAUUGGGCAAGUUCUUCUGGAUGAAUGUGUAACCUACCACAAGAUUCUAUGAGACAUGGGUAGACCUCUCUUGUAAUGUAGCACACUUAAAAGUUAAAACUCUUUGGGCCCAGUUGUGUGUACAGCUGUACGUGCAUUAUCUACUAGGAAAUUAAAGCUCGACCCGUUUAACUUUGUCCUCACGUUUGCUGAGACAUCUCUGCCCUCCUGCUCUUGAAGUCUUAAAGUCAUUUUCAUCUGCAGGGCCUCUGAGCACAGAGCUUGACUAUAGUGGUGAAUGUGUGGGGUGUUGAACUGUUAGCUUCCAAGAAGGGACCAGACAGUGUGGCUUAAGAUGCUGCAGUCGUGUUACUGUGAAGGAAAAUUCUUCCACUUUCAGCAGGGUGUGUGGGUGUGCGUGUGUGCUCGCAUGUGUGUUCAUUUUGGCUUUUUAAAAAUGUUGAAAAUCGAGGAGAACUUGAUUACCUUCACAGAUUAUUUAUAGAUACACUGGGCGUGAUGCUUACGUAGGCAAGCACCGGGGAACAGGAGUUCAGUGCUCCGGUCAUGUAAUACCUUGUCUAUGCCCCAGCCAGCACUCUGCUGGGCACUGUGUCCUAUAACUGUAAAUCGCCUGGUUUAUAAUGCUAACAGAAACUGGUUUGUUUUGUAAUGGAAUACAAAGAAGAUGUAUAAUAGGACCAGGAUUGUCCCGCACUUGUAAAUAAGAAUGGGCCCUGUUUAUUUUGACAUCUUUUUACAAAUGCAUUGUAUUAGGAUGUGAAUAUUCCAAAACAUGCUCUUGUUUAAAGUUUUGAAAUUUUUAUUGUUAAAUGUAACAUUUUAAUGGUUGUAAUAAUUAUUUGUAUAGACAUGAAUAUAGUAUUUUAUUUAAGAAAAUAAACUUUGCAGUUUUUGCAUUGUGAA